GUUUUAUUAACAUGACAUUUUUAUUCAGUGUUCAUCAUGUGUUGCGAAGUGAUUUGAGGAUUUUUGUUAUAAAUAGGCCAUGUGGAUGUUACUAAUUUUGGAUGAAGGUUAUCAAAAAAGUUAUUGCUAAUCGAAGAAUUUUUAUGCCUGUUGGCAAAUUUGCAACAGGAAAAUCGAUUUCUCUUAUACGCCAUCGUGUAUUGGAUCCGCAUCGAUGGAUUUUGAAGUACUUGUAAGUCAAAUCGUAAGUCGUAACUUCGGAGUUUGGAUUCCAGGCGCCAGUGGCCCUACAGCCCCUACUAAGUACUAAGCCUAUAGUAUAGAGUAGAUUAUCGUAUCGGUGUCUCGUUGAAGCAAGUAUGCAAGAUGGUUGCGUUGUGUGUAAAUUAGAAGUUGUUGCUCUAUUGAUUUUUCUAUUUGAAAAGCACGGUAAUCUACGACGGUAUUUAAAUUAGUCGGAUAUUCUACGUUUCUACCUUAUUUGCUCAAAAUGCAAAAAUUUGAGUGGAAGCGCAAGAAGAUCAAUAUUCAGGUGAACUCUGCACCUGUAGGUUUUUCUACAGAUCCAUUCGAUUCCGAUUUGGAUGACUUUGAGCAGCCUCGCAAGAAAUUGGCUCUUGCACUGGAAGAUGCUGCAACUAAAGCAGAACGACUGAAGAAGGAAGGUGUUAUCUUGGCUGAAAAUACUAAAUGGUGGGCAGCAAUUCAAAAAUGGACUGCAGCUCUUUCAUUGCAACCUUCAGACAACACUCUCAUGGAGAUGAUGGCUCAAGCCUACAUGCAGGUUGGCGAGUAUGUGCGCAGCAUCAAAUAUGCUGAGGAGGCAGUAGCUGCGGCGCCCCUCUGGUGGUGUAGCCACCAGACUUUGGGCAGAGCACUUCUUGGUGUUGGAGAGCUGCACAGAGCUGUGCUCUGCUUCUCCAUCUGUCUUAGACUUCAACCUGAUAACUCUGAAGUCCGCAACCAAGAUCUGAAAUGGGCUUCACAGCUGCUCUCUGCUUUUAAGGAACUGCAAAGGACAAAGAUGCAGAGGCCACAAACGCCCCCACCAAACACGGAUGAAGCUCAAUCUAUUGAAAUCAUUGACUUGAAACUCAAUCCUGAAGGGUUUACAGAAAAUGACUCAAGCUCUUCAAUUAAUAUACUAAAAAAUGUGCAGUAUCCAACGCCCAAAAAUAUAUCAGUUGAUAAUCGUUUAUCCUUAACUGGAACUUCUAGAUUUAUAUCUUCUUGUAGCUCCAAUAAGAGUGGAGAAGGCGAUCCAAACACUUCUAAAGGAGAAGACACAUUAGUCGAUUUGAGAUCUAUGGUGUGCAUGAGACCAAAAUAUCCUGCAAGAUAGAUGGUCAUUGUGAUACUGGUUUAAAAUAAACUGUGAGGUUGAUUUGCUAUUUAUAAACAAUUGUUCUUUAUAAUAUUAAUAUUAAAUAUAGGAUGUGGAUUUAAUCCUUUGAAUCAAAUUAAUCCAAUUACAAAUGUUCUUUAUUAACAACAUUACAUUGAUUGAUAAUCGUGAUUCUGAUGGCUAAGUAUUCAGGCUGGGGUGGCCCAGUGGUUAAAGUUUCAGAGCACUAAGAUUGGAGCAGAGA